AUGAUGAUGACACAUCGUGACAUUUUAAGGUGUAUUUUCACUAGAAGAUUACAGGACCGGGUUGGGCCAAUCGGUUUUGAGUACAUUAGCUGCGACGAACGAAAUUUCGAUCCGUGUCGGUUUUCAGGCCCGGUCGCCAAAUACCCGUUCCGGGACCACAACGCCCCACAGUUUGAGCAAAUCAUUGCGCUUUGCAGUGAUGUUGCCGAGUUUUUGGAUUCAGACAAACGAAACGUUGUGGUCAUCAACUGCAAAGCCGGCAAAGGACGUACUGGUGUAAUGGUUUGUGGUUGCUUGCUUCACCUUGGUCUAGCUUCCUGUGCUACCGAUGCCUUGAAACUGUACGGGGAAAAGCGAACGGAUAAUGGGAAAGGUGUGACUAUUCCCAGUCAACGUCGAUAUGUGCAAUACUACGACACAUUGUUGAGCGAAAACUUGGUCUACAGGCGAAUACCAUUAUACCUAAAGGAAAUCCGGAUUAGCGGGCUUCGCACGCAACCAGGUUCUAUUGUCGAUGUCAAGCUGCAGACAUACCCUGCCACUGACGAACAUUGUUUGUGUACCUGUCAAACCAAGCUCUCCGAUCAUCAUUCUCCGCGUGGCCUGGCCCCAAAAACGGGCUAUUUCGGUGGCCUAACUUCCAAGCACAAGCCUGCGGACACUUCCAAUUCUCCGGCUAAUUCGUGUUCUAGUCUCAACUCCGCUCUAGGGCGUGAAACAGUGACCUUCCACAGUGAGCCAACCCUGCGCCCAAUCUGUGGUUUUGGAUCAGGACCUUUGAUGACGAUCAGCACUUUAACCUCUCUCCCUGUCUACCAUGAUCCGGUUACUAUUUGUGCUGACAAGCGAAUAUGUUUGAUUGGUGAUAUACGGGUCAAGGUCGGCCUCAGACAGCCUGUGCGCAAUAGGAAUCUUUGUCGUUUGUGGUUCAAUACCUUUUUCGUGGCUUCUUCCACGAAUUCGCGGAGAAAUACCAUACAAAGGGAGGAUGAUAAUGAAAAUGGGACUGCUACUACUUCCAUUCCAAACUCCAGCGCACCUGACUACCUAACGAAAUUAAGUGCUCUUCACCUCCAAAACAAGUUGGACUCCGCUCCAACAAAGUACACUGCAGCAACCGGAAACUGCCCAAUCGAAUCUGGCAACUCUCCGGGUCAUGCCACAUGUGGUUUGCAUUCUGGUCCUGCUGCAUCGUGUGAGGUAGUGCUCACGUUUGAACUAUCAGCUGGGGCUGGAGACGCUGUGAUUGCGGAAAAAUUCACCCAUACCCAAUGCACAUCAGUCCCUCACCAUGCUCGUUUUGAGAAAGAGCCUGUAGACAAGGUUGCUACUCAGCCGGUGAAAAUCCCUUCUCCGUUGAAGAGUGGUCUAGUGUCGUUGGCCACAUCUCUUAACCCAGUGGUUUCCCCAUUUUCUCGCAUUUGUAGUCUCCGAUUACCAGGCAAAUGGAAACAUCCAAAUUCAUCAGCGAAAGCUGAAGUUGUUUCUCUAUCCGAUCUUGACGAUACCUCUCGAGCGAUUUAUGUGAAGACUCGUUCAAUGUCUUUGAAAAGCAAGACAUCCCCGAUGGCGAACUCGGCUCCGCUCCCCGUAGCUCACCAGACUCCUUCACCAAGCGACCAUACGUCGGAAGACAGUGAAGAAGAGGAACAGACCGAUACGGAUUCAGAUGUAUCCAUUUCAGAACCUGUGCAAAGUCCGAUGGCAACUAACUUGUUGCCAUGCCCGCUUGCCCUGUCCCUUUCGUUUGAUGCACCCACCACCAAACAAACAAUUGUUCACCAUUCCGGUCCGCUUGAGCCAAACGGGUCCUCCGAGUGUAGCGCCCCAAAAGCAUCACCACUCAGUCCCUACACCCAGAAUCCGGUGACACAUCACUUUGUCCGGAAACCAGCUCAACACAAAUCUCAAGCGACAAACAACAAUAGGUGA